CGGUACGCUUAGUUCUCUCACACCAUUCAAAGCGCAUGGACGAACGCACGUCGUCCGUGUUGAAUGUUUUGAGUUCGUUCUGUUUAGCCGGCAAUUCGAUACAAAAACCGGAAAGCGAUUGUAAUUACUUGUGUACAACAAUCUGAUCGAUCGAGCGAUCGUAGUGUUUCCACUAUUAGUAAAAUAUCAGGUGGUCUUCUAAAAAAUCUGUGCUCCAAAGCAAAGCUGUAUCAGCUUUCCUAUCGUGGCACUGGAUUAGAAGCGGGUCACAAGUGUGUUACCGGUGAAAGAUUGUGCUCCAGUUGAUCCUGAAAAAGGAUUCAAUCGGUCUGUUGGUCGCGCACCGUUGAAAAUGCUUUUGCAGGUGAAACGAGCACCGUAAACAACAGCACCGCAGCAUCAUCUUCUGCUCAUCUGUAGACUACGCACAGUGGAAAAGAACAAAACGCCAGCAAGAAUACCACACUGGUAAUAAAACGAGAAAUAUAUCGUAAAACGAUAGUAAAAGAAACACACACAAAAAAAAAAACAAACGUCUCAAGAAGUACCAGGAAACAAACGAUCGAAAAACUCGUUUUGCUCUACGUGCGCUGUGUGGCUGUGUUGUAAAGCGUAAGCGUCGCGCAUUCGUGUGUGUGUGUGUGCGUUGUGUGGUUUUGUGUUUGAUUUUACUCCAUGCUUUUAACGAUCGACGCCAGUCGGAAGGAAAGAGAGCGCUAACCACCCGUCUGUCAGUGAGAGUGAGACAACACGUGAGUGCCGAUGUGUAUGCGUUACGCGCUGAUCCAAGCCGGUUUGAAAAUAGUGUAAUCCAAACUGCAUCGAUCAAGAUUAUCCUUUCGGGUGCAUUAAAAAAGCGGGUGUGUCCGGCAUAAGAAAAGUGCAAACAAAUCACUGAUAAAAAAGAAGAAACAACAGAGCAAAAGAAGCAAUCGUGAAUUAAGUGCCUUUUCCGAUAGUGCCCAGGCCGAUAGGUGCAAACGCAAGCGAGAUUGAAAGAAGCAAUAUAGCGAAGGAAAAAUUGCCCGCUUUAAAAAUAAAGUGCAACGCGUGACGAUAAUUUCUUGUGCAACUUCAGGUCGUGAGCGUGUGUGUGUGUUUAAUGCUGCAAAAAAGUUGUACAAAGUGCAUCAGCACAAUAAAGCAAUAAAAAAUAUAUACAUACGGGGGAUGAAAUUUGAUUCACCGCCUAUAAAGUUGAAUAGUGUGCGGUGAGCGCUUUUUUUUGGUGUCGGGCUAUAUUUUUGCCCUUUGCUGAGUUCUCUUGUUCGAAAAUUCGAUUGCAAAAUUCUUAUUUGCUGGAAACAGCCGAUAAAGAAACGAAAGAACCUUUGUGUGGUUCUGAAGCAGGCGAAAAACAAAACCUCACAGUGUCAUCUAACAAGCCCUUGGCGAGUGUUCGUACGUGGUUAUGUGCGUGUGUUUGUGAAGAAAAAGAAGCCCUUUCCUUAGCCUCGAACGCGCGUGAUCACUUGAUGAUCGAUUAGUGCUGGUUGCAAUAAAGAAAAAAUCCGAGUCGAGAUACAUUGAAACUGCAAUUAUAGGCGGAACGGAAACCAUAAGACCCAAGCCCACGUGGAAAGGAAAAAUUACACCCUCGUGGAACGACCCAUCAGAACUCCUGAAAGAAAAGUCAGAAGUUCCAGUCCAGACGUCUCGUUUCGGGUCUGCCCAUAGCCAUAACAGCACCGAGCUCAGUGAGUGUGUGCCGAGACGCGCGCGUGGAAAAACAUUUCGUUAGAGGAUAAACCGGAGCACGGACAGAUCGGCAGGCAUGGAGUCAUCCAGGCGGUAACGUUUGCUCUGGACAUUAGCUAAUGAUCGUGACUUCCCUGCGCGGUAGAAUUCUAGCCUCCAGUAACGUAGCUCCGAAGUUCAGAAACCCCAGCCGCAGUUCCAGCAAUGAGUGUGAACUCGCAUAGCGAAGGAAACACACACUAACCGCAAACCAGGCGGGUCAGAGCGUACGUACCCGAUCUUCCGAACGAGGACGUGCGAGGAAGAAGCGGGUCGAUCAAUUGUACCUGCACAACCUAAACGUCGCACGAAGCGGCACAAGUGUCCCCACCCGGUGUAGCUUAGAUGUCCGAUCCGAUAAAUAGAAGCAAGUGCAGUGAACGAGAGGAAGAACCACACAGCAGAACUAGCAGCAGCAGCAGCAGCAGGAUGGCGCAACGAAGAACACAGUUGCUGGUGCACCUGACGAGAAGCGUUCUAGCGACCCUGCUCAUCAUCAGUCAGUGCAUCGUGCGAGUUGACAGUUGGGUGCCAGAUGUCCAGAGCAAGUUACGCAUCCCAUACGAUGCCACAGUGCCUUCAUUUUUUGGCAACAGCACCGAUUACUUUAAGUUGCUCGAUCAGAACGAAAACACGUUGCUGAUCGGGGCCCGCAACGCGGUGUACAACAUCACCAUCGAUCAGCUGGUAGAGCUGCCCGGCCAACGGAUCAGUUGGCCCUCGUCUGACGCACACCGGGAGUUGUGCACCCUGAAAGGAAAGCACGAUCAAGACUGUCAGAAUUAUAUCCGCGUGUACGCACGGGUUAACGCGAACCGGAUGAUGAUCUGUGGAACGAACUCGUUUAAACCACUGUGCCGCUACUACAACGUCCUGCCCGGCAAUGGGUCGGUGGUGUACGACAACAAUGAGCUGGAAGCGCAAGGACGCUGCCCGUACAAUCCGCAGCACAACAGCACGUACGUGUACACGGACGGUCAGCUGUAUUCGGCGACGGUAGCUGACUUUUCCGGUGCCGAUGCGCUGAUCUAUCGGGAACCGCAGCGCACGGAACAGUUCGAUAGUAAGCAGCUGAAUCAACCGGCGUUCGUCAGUGCGAUCGAGUACAACGGGUACGUGAUGUUCUUCUACCGCGAGGUAGCGAUGGAGUACAUGAACUGUGGCAAAGCGAUCUACUCGCGCGUGAGUCGCGUGUGCAAGAACGAUAAGGGUGGCCCGUACCCGUUCCAGGACAAGUGGACCUCGUUCCUGAAGGCACGCCUAAACUGCUCCAUCCCCGGAGAGUAUCCGUUCUACUUUGACGAGCUACAGGCUACAACGAACGCGAUCAGCGGCAUGUACGGUGGAAUGAGCAACAAGAUCAUCUACGGCAUCAUGACCACACCGGAAAACGCGAUCGGAGGAUCGGCUGUGUGUGCGUUCUCGGUGCAGGACAUCAUGGAAGCGUUCGAAGGACCGUUCAAAGCUCAGCGUGACAUCCACUCCAACUGGCUGCAGGUACCACCGAGCUCCGUUCCCGAACCCCGGCCCGGCAAGUGUGUGGACGAUAGCCGUACCCUGCCGAAAGCGUUGGUAAACUUCGUGAAGACGAACAAUCUGAUGGAUAAUUCGGUACCGUCGCUUCACUCUCGGCCAGUAUUUACCCGGGUCAGCCUGUACUACCGCCUGUCGGCGAUUGCAGUCGAUCCGCAGGUGAAAGCACUCGAUGGCAACCGGUACGAUGUGAUCUUUGUCGGUACGAACGAUGGUAAGGUGAUCAAGUUUGUGAACAUCCUGUCGGCGAACAGUUCGGACGAUGUGCGUACGGUGGUGAUUAGUGAAACGCAAGCCUUCCCACCCGGUACGAAGAUUAACGAGAUGACGAUUUCGAAGAAGAAUGCGGCCCUCAUCGUGAUCAGCAGUGGGAAAAUCAUUUCACUCCCGCUGCACAACUGUAACGAGCAUAGCUUUAAGACGUGCAAGAAGUGUUUGGAUCUGCAGGAUCCUUACUGUGCCUGGGACGAUCUGAACCGGGACUGUAAACCGAUCGAGGAGGUGCAUGCGUCCGGUGCUUCGAUCGAUCAGUUCUAUCAGCGUUUGGAUGGGGAGCGUAUCGGUGAAAUCUGCCGGAAGUACGAUCAUCAGGAGCCUACAGUUCAUACGUACGAGGAUAACGAUGUGUACACACGGGUCGAUGGGUCGGGAGCGGUCGAAAAGCCGGACAAAUCGUUCGACCAGCGUAAUGUGCUGAUCGUCCACUCGAACCAUGGGACGGUGUCGUCGGUCGGGCCGGAAGAUAUCGACAACGAGAUAUCGAUGUCGUCGAUGGAAGGUGACGAGCUUGCUAACCGGAUCAUCAAUACGCAUCAGUACCAUCAUAAGCCGGAUACAUUCGUAAAAGAUAACCUGCGAUUUGCGGCCGGCAAUUGGUCCAUGUUUGCGGUGGUGCUGGUGAUAACGGCCAUGGUCGGCAUGCUCGCGGGAUACUUGGUGACGCGCAGGAUGAAUAAAGGGCUGGCAGGAUGCGAGCAUCGCAAUCAGCUCAAUUGGCACAGUGGGAAAAGCCUUUCGAUGCUGUCCCAAAACCGUACCAGCGGCAAGGACGUAAAUCUGCUGAUGAACACCACCAACCAGUACCACACGCAGCAGCAAGCGAUCGUGCAGCAGCUGCAGCAGCACCAUCAAAAUAACUGCAAGGACAAUAUCGAUUUCGACUACAAGGAUCGAAGUGUGGAGUGUAAAAAUUCGACGGAAAAUCUCGAGAAGGACAUCAGCAAAGGCAUGGGCACGCUGCAGAAGACACGCCACUUGAAGACGUUUAAACCGUAGAGAGAGUGAGAGAGAACGAUAAAAUGAGCUUCUUCAAAUAAGAGGAACACCCGUACCGAACAGUCAGUCAACCUGCGUCAGAAGCGUCCGGGUUUCUCGUACGGGUGGACACAUCCGGGACAGUCUGUGUAUAUAACCGCAUGCAUGACCGAUAGAGCAACCAACCAGUAGAGGGCAGCUAGCUCGGCAGGUUUUGUAGUCUAUCCUUAGUGGGUAUAAGUCGAGCCGGAAUCCCUACUACCAUCCCGCCCAGAACGAGUGUUUUAAUUGCAAUAACGACACGAGAGUGAGACUGUGUGCCUAGCACAACAACAAUUUGGUUUGUUUUUACUUGGGUUAGUCCCUCCGCUGCUAACCCAUUUAGAGAGACCCUUUUAACCUGUCUUUGCUUGGAUGUCCGUUGCGACGACCAGGCAGAGAGUCGUCUUGGGAAGUGCCUCCCAAAACUGUGCAGGCGCUACCGUCCCAUUCCAGUACGCGUCGAAUAACGAAACGAACGAAAAUUAUACAUUUUACAAAAGGAAAAAAAGCAAUCUAAACAAUUGUGCAGCUAGAGUAGUCGUGGUAGGGUUCAGCUCCGUAAUCCUUCCCAAUACAACACAACCUCUUUAUGUCUCGUAAACUUAUGCGUUCCAAUCAAAAACAUCGAGCCCAGCUCGUAUCGUGUUUAGGUUAAAAUUGUGUCGAAUCACGGAAAGCGGUCAACGAUGUCAACGGAAAGCGGAGGAGAUGAUAUUUGAUCUUAUGUUUUUGUUUGAUUCAUUACAUUAAUGACAAUUCAGCUAGGAGUUAGAAGAAUCGGAGAAGACGCAAUGUGUACAGCACCGUCGAAGGAAAACGGUGAUCCAAUCGUUAAUCGCUAGUAAUAACGUAUUUAGUGAAAUUUGUUUUAAAUGUCUUUAUCUGCCUUUUCGAUAAGCGGUUGAGAAGUGUUGAAUAGAUAGUUCUAAAUAAUGGAAAGAUGCAAGUCGACCAUCGGCGUACACAGUCCGUGAAGUAAUAGCUAUGAGUGGAAGAAAGUAGGUAAGGAAAAGUAAGCAAUAAUUUUAUACAUUUGUACAACUGCUGACUUUAUUUGAUGUGCUCAAGAGAAUCUCUGCGUGUUCAUACAAGGAACGCGUGUUUUUUUGAAACAAUAAUACUCUGCAAACAUUUUAAUAUGAUGCCGGUGAAAGUGCCUCACGGAACAGUUUGUUUUGUUUUGCAAAAUUACAGAUCAUUUUAUUUUUAUUAGUUUUUUUAUAAUAGCAUCCCACCUUAAUUUUUUGUUUGAUUUUUUGUAACUUGAUACCCAAAACAAACUGUUUACGAACAGUAAAGGAACCUAGAUUACAGAUACAUCGUCAUACGUUACACCAACAUACAGUGCAAACAUAGUUAAAGUGUAAGGGAGGUGAACAGGAGUAAUUUAUGCCACCGAUUGUAAGAAAGCAGUGUGUUUAAUUUUUGUUUUUAAAUCUUAGCCUUUAGCUAAUAGUGUCCCGAUCUUGAAAACUUGACACCCCAUCACUGCAAUAUUAGGAGCGAAUGAAUGGGUCGAAUGAAUGAAUGGCAUUUAGUUUUGAGCCCUUUUGCUGCAAGUGGACGGUGCGCAGACGGUACAGGCGAAACAAUGUGAUAAAAAUGAGUAUUUUAAUUAUUUUCUUUCGAGCCUCGAACGUCUUUACGUGUAUAAGUUUGCGUGCGAGAUCGUGCACUGUGAAUGAAUAGGAGAGUGUCUGCGUAUUUGUAUAUCAUCAGCCGACUGAAAGAGCCUUACGAAACAGCGAAAACGGUCAUAUUAAAAGAGCUUAUUGUAGAACACGAUAAAACGGCCAACUGUCAUCUUAAAUGGCCAAUCACUCAAACAUUGUGCAAGCAAGGAGGGGCUUUCAGUAGUGAAGCAGCUGUGCUGUCAAACAUAGCGGUGUCGGAUUCUAGUUCGAUACUACUGCAAAGAGCUUCCUCACGGCUACAGAAAGCCUCCACCAUGUUGCCCAUUUUGUGCCUGUAAGUGAACAGAACCAACAGCAAUACAAUGGUGAAGAAGCAAUGGAAACCAUGCUCUAUUUCGAGCCGUAAUAAUGCUAAUAGGUUAGUGGUAGCGCAAGAAACACCAACACACCGAUGCCUGGCGAAUAGUGAUAAGAAUCUGUAGUAAGUGUAUGCGUAUAUAAGGACGGCAAAGAAAGUUGUUGGCAACUCGAAUCAUACUGUACAUAUACUGAACCGAUCGAAAUAAAAAAAGUGAAUAAAUCUUAAA